CCACCAUCAUCCUAUCCUCUGCUCGGCCGCAGCGCACGUCGACCAGCGCAGCCUGCUCUCACUGCGGGUCCCACGUCGUCGUUGCGCUGCAUUGCCCGCCUGGCUGCCGCUGCGCCGUCUCUCCAGCUCUUCAGCCGCGUCUAAUCAUCUGCACUCCGCCCUCUUCCCUGUCGCGUGCCCGUUCAUUCUCGUCGCUCUCCGCUCCGUAUUUAAUAUCGCCUCGCAGCAAUGUCUCGCACAGCGGCACCUCGUCGCCCGCCGCCGCCGCCGGCCGGACCGCCGCGCGUGGGCGUCUUCACCGAGAAGAGCCGGGGCCCGUACGUCGGCUACCUGCCGGCGCCUGGCGACACUGUGCAGUGUGUGCCCAGCUCAUUCUCGCCGCAGCAGCUCUGGGAGCGCUUCAUCAGCCAGCGCAGGCCCGUGAUCAUUGAUGGGCCGCUCGAGGAUGCGGAGUGGAAGGGCGACAAGUGGACGGACUUGGCCCACCUGCGCCGCGUGGCCGGCCAUUCGCAGGUCAAAAUCGAGCCUGUGCACGCCAAGGGCCACUUUGGCACCUCUGCCGAGCGCGAGCAGGUGCCGUUCGAGCUCUUCCUCGACAUGCUGUCGGACCCGGACAUGGCCGGCCAGUUCUACCUUACCACGCAGUACGAGAGCGACGACGGCAGCGAGAAGGAGAGUGAGAGCGAGAGCGAGAGCGAGGCCGAGAUGGCCGGCCCUCGCGUGGGCAGCUCUGCGACGCUGCAGUCGUCCGACGCAGAGCUUGGGGCGAGAGGCACGAAGCGCCGGCUGAGUAGCUCUCCCGCGGGCGCAGACAAGCGGCAAGCCGGUCCGACAUCCGCAAAUGUCCUGAAACGUGGGCGCAGCGCCACUCCUGAUGGCAAGCCGGAGGCGCCUGCUGCUCGGCGCUCCUCUUCGCCUGCCGACUCGCAGGCGUCGCAGCAUUCAUCUACAAGCGCCCUGCGCGAGAGCGACGACCUGGAUCCGGUCCUGCCGCCGCCGACGGCCGCUCUUGCCAAGGAGUUUCCGCUGCCGGCACCCAGCAUCAUGGGCGGCCUGGCGCUGCAGCAGUGCAACCUCUGGCUCGGCAACUGCACCCAGGGCAAGAGCUCCGGGCUGCAUCACGACUUUCACGACAAUCUGUACAUGCUCCUCUCUGGACGCAAGCGGUUCCUGAUCUGGCCGCCCGUCGCCCACCAAUGGCUGCAGCCGCGUGGCCCCAUCGAGGGCAUGCGGCCAAACGGCCUGCUGCUCUACACUCCAGACGGCGAGCUGCCUGCCUGGCACCCGCGCAGCAACCGCUUUGCACUGCGUGGCGACGGUCUCACCGAGUUCGAGGCGGCCGAGUGGCGAGUGCGCGCUCGUGAGCGGGCGCUGCGCGAAGCCGACGAGCGUGCGGCUGCGCUCGCAGGAGAGGCUAGCAGGCCCGCCUCGCUGCGCAAGGGCAAGGGCAAGCAGACGCUGGAGCAGGUCGAGGCGAUGGCUCAGCUCAAAGCCGCAGAGCUGGCGCGCCAGCACAUCGUCCUGGAGGAGCGCGGCCUUGCCCUGAACGAGUCGGACUCUGAGGACGACUCGGACGAAGACGCGCUCGCCGCACGGCGCCGCAAAGCCAACGAGCCGCGACGCCCGCCGCUGGCUCUCAUCCGCUCGGACCGCGACAUUCCCCGCGCGAGCGAUGACGAGAGCAGUGAGGAAGAGGAGUCCGAGCCGGAGGCCGGCUCGAGCGACGACGAAAUGUCGGUGCCAGAGCUCGAGCCGAUCGAGAAGGCCCACUACCUUCACCUCGCCGUGCCCUUCAUCAAGCGCGCCAUCGGCGAGGCGUCUCCCGGAUCUCUCAAGCUGUCGCCGAGUCGCAUGAAGGCUGAUGGCUCAGCAAUCGGCCGCGACGAGGACGACGACCCGUCAGAGGACGAGCUGGAAAUGCGCCAGCUCAAUUCGGUCUUCCUGGCGCCGCUGCUUCUGGCCGAGAAGGCCGCUGCACCGAGACAUCUCAGCAAGCAGGAGGCGCUUGCCGCAGUCGAGGCUGGCCUCGAGCGCGCUGCCGUCGCCGCCAUGGAGAUGACGCUGGCGCAGCAGCUUGCGCAGCAGCAGAGGCGUGCUGGCGCCGGCGCGAGUCGCGAUUCUGAGUCUGGCUCUGGCUCUGACGCUGACUCAGACGAAGAGAGCGACGAGCGCCAGGGCAGCGACUGGGAGAUGGCCGACGAAGGCUGGCUGCAGUUCGACCGCAUCGAGGAGGAGCGCCGGCGCAAGGAGGAUGGCGAGUCGGGCUCCGAGCUCUUCGACUCUGACGAGGACGAGGACGAGUCAGACAAUGACCUCGAGAACGACGAGCCUCAAGCAAAGGCCGCGCCGCGCCGCUCUCCGCCGCUGCGCAUUCCCAAGGGCAUGCUGCCGGGCGGCCUGCGCGGCCGGCUCAACGGCCAGGACAGCGACGACAGUGGCAGCGACUACGACGGGCCUAUCUUCGACGAGAUGGUGCUGGGCUUCGAUGGCCCUGAAAGCGACGAAGACGAGGACGACGAGAUGGAGGAAGAGAGUCGCGCCCAGGCCGAGCUGUGGGCGCACCUGCGCCAGCAGCUUGAGGAUGCUCAGACGGAGGGCGACACGGCACGCGCCACACUCGUGCAGAAGGAGCUCAACACGCUCAACAUCCAGCGCCGCCAGGCCGUGCUGCAGGGCGUGCACCAUGACCGCCGCCGCGAGCUCUGGCGCGCCCGACAAGAGACGGCGCUCAACCGGCGCCUGCGCGGCGGUUUCGUCAGCGACAGCUACUGGGACUGGCUCUUCGAGAGCGGGCGCGAUGGCACCGAGGGCGACGACUUCGCCGGAUCGACGGGCUUCUCUGACGAGGCCGAGGAUGACGAGGGCGAGGAGGGAGACAUCGGCGUGUCUGGCAGCGAGUCGUCUGGCUCGGAUGAGGACGAGGCGCUGCCGGCGCCUGCAUCUGCGAAGAAGGCUCGCGGAGCGCCGGACGCGCAGCAGCAGCUCGACAAGGACGAGCCGAGCAGCUUCUCGCGCAUCAGUCCGCAGGCGCUGCACCGCUACUUUGGCAUCGCAGACGACCCGACGGACCCGUCGCGCGCUCCUGCGGCGCCCAAGGCCGGUGAGGCGCUGCCGGCGGCCAUGUGUCCGCCGCCGCUCGUCGUCGACCUGCAGCCGGGGCAGAUGCUCUACCUGCCGGCGUCGUGGUGGCACGAGGUGACGUCGUACGCGCUCGCCGACGAUGGGCCGUCUGGCGCAGACGGCGAGUCGACGCAGCCUGUGCACAUGGCCUUCAACUACUGGUUCCACCCGCCCACGGCGCUCAAGCAGGGCUUCGCGCCGCUCUACGCCUCGUCCAAGCCCGCAGUUGCCGCGCCCAAGUCGGGCAAGGCAGCUGCCAGCGGCGCCGGUGCCAGUGGAGCCGGCCGGAAUGAGCCGACUGGGCCGCUUGUCGGCACGCAUGACCAGCCGUACCUCGACCCGGAGGUCUGGGGCGAGAUUCGCCGCGCCAUCAGUGCCAAGAUCGCGACGGCCGUGGCGGGCGACGCAGCGCAGCGCCAGGCUGCUGCGCUGGCGGCAGACGAGAGCGACGACGAGUCGAGCGAGGAGGAGGACGACGGCGACGAGGAGGGCGAUGCCGGCUCGGACGACUCUGGCCGCCCGUCGCCGCCGCUGCCGCCGGGCAAGCGCCGCCGCGUCUAGCCGCGUCGUCACGUCCCAGCUCAGCAGGUCCUCUUCGGCUGAGGGCGAGAUCGCCGUGCUGUGCAGCAGGCGACGCUCCUCGAGGCGUUCCGAGCCGCCGGCUGUACCACACCACACCCUCAGGCGGCAGGCAUGGGCGUGAGGCUGUGCUCGCGGUGCGCGCUCGGAGGCCGCGCCCAAGAACUUGUAUGCGCGAAAUCGCCCAUUAGCCUGAUUUCUGU